UGCAGCCCGGAAACGCACCUACCGAUCCGCUGACUUGCGGUGGUUGGUGAAUGCAGGGAAACUAUUCCUCCGAUGGACGACGAACGGUGUUGGUACAGUUCGAUGGUGACACUACGCUCAAUAAUUUUACCUACACGAAUCUGUUCACCGACUACAAAUUGGUGCAAAUCCUGUUCCGCUGCGGUGUCUUCAACCCGGACGGCAAAAACUGCAACGAACCGUACUUCUGGAUACACACCAGGAUCCCGGGACCGCUGCUGACCACCACCCAAAAACAGUACAUCGAGAAUGCCGUCAAUUACUACAUGCCGCGAGCCAACUGUGGGAAAUUCAAGUUUGCCGAUAUCGCCCCGACAAAGUGGGAUUUGACAAAGACUGGGCCGCCAUGUAAUUCCUCUGCCAACCAGCCACCGUUGCCCAAGGAAAUCCGAGCAACUAUGCCAGUUGCUUGGCCAAACUGAUGUUGUUCCCUGACCAUAAGUCAGCUCUGAGCAAUAA